AUGAUAAAUCGAAGUUUUAACAUUUUAACUGUUUUUCUUUUAAUAUUUACAUUAUGCUGCUCUCAGGAGAGAAACUACGAAUGUAAUUUCGAUAUUGAUGGAACUAAUGAUUGUCAGUUCAACUUAACAACCGGAAAAGUCAAUAAUUUUGAGGUAUCAACUGGCAUUAAACUAAAUAGUAAUCCUACUCAACCCUUAUCCGAUGUCACUUCCAUUCUUUCAAUGACAUCACCCAAUAAUGAAUUUUGUGAAUUUCCUUACCAAGAUUCUCCAGAAAGCUGGGAUAUGUACUUUUGUCAACGUUAUAAUAAUACCAGUUACACAUGCCCAACUGCAUCUGGUGUUGGUCAAUGUUCUAUUGGCCAAUUUGCUAAAAUACGAGCAUCAGAUGGUGUUGGCGUAUUUGAUCAGACUUAUACAACUAAAGUUAGAAAAAGUUCAAGUACUAUCCAAUGUCUUGAUUUCUAUUACUAUGUACCAGACAUAUUUAACAAUGCCAAAAUGCAAGUUGGAUGGAAAGUAGGCACAGACAGAGAACAAAUAGUCGAAGUGAUAGCACAACCAGAAAAUAAAUGGCAACACAAUCGAAGUAAUUUCACGUCUCCUGCAUCGUCGUCUUAUGAACUUACAUUUAGAAUGAGGCGGGAUGUAUCAGGUUUCAGUUUACAUUUUGGAUUGGAUGAAAUCACGAUUUUUGACCAACCAUGUGACACUAAUCCUACCAUAAAUACAUCUAUAGAAACAACUUCAAUACAAAGCACUACAUCGUCUUUGACCACACAAAAGCCGCUUAUUGAAUUAUUUACCUGUGAUUUUACUACUACUCUAUGCUUUGAAAAUAGUGAACUUUUACUUGCAAAUGGAAGUCAAUUCAUCACCAGUGAUUUGAGUGAACCGCCUCGAGUUCCUCUUUCGGAUGUUAGCUCCAUUAGUGAACCUACGAGUAAUAAUGAGACAUGCGAGUUGCCGUAUCAGCCACGGGUGGAUAAUACCACAAAUACCACUAGUUCAGAAAUAUGGUUUUGUUACAAUAAUCAAUGUCCAACGAUGAACAAGAAGAUAGCAAAUUGUAGACUAGGAUAUUAUGGUUUGGUCUCUAUUAAUGCUUGGGAAUCAAGUAAAACUAUUAAUCAAUUGAUUAGUCAAGAUGCAAUGAUGCGUGAUUCAGUUGAAGAGCAAUGUCUUCAAUAUUAUUAUUACUUUACUGUUUAUGAGAAACUGGUUUUGGGCCAACAAGUUUCAGUUUUGAUUAAAUCUGAUAAUAAAGCCGAAGAUGAAAUCGAAAUCGAUCGACUUUCAGAUAUUGACAUGAUAGAAAAUCGUUGGCAUUCUCGAAAUGUAACAUUCAAUUCGGCAUCGACUAAUUACACAUUGAUCUUUCGUUUUGAAGUGACAGCAACUAAUCGAACUAAGGAUCCUGCUUUAAAUAAAACAAUCUACUUUGCAUUGGACAACAUCAAUAUGUAUAACCGAAACUGUCGUAAUGUGUUUGAAUCAUUUGUUAGCCAAACAACUACCGUAUCCCAACCUUCAACAACAACAGAAAGACGCUCGACGGAAGAAGUCACCCAAUCGUCUUCACGCAAGCAUAAAUAUGUUUCAUUUUCGUACAAAUAA